AUGUACUACAACAUUACUACAGCCUGGAAACAGGAAGGACUACUACAACCCGGUUGGGCAGAAAAAGAAGGAGGAAGAAAUAACCUGAAAUGCAACGGAUCAAAUAAUUCGAUGGAUAACCUGAAAGACAAAUGGCGUCGUGCUGAGGAACACGUGAGCAAAGCCAACGAAGACGAGACACAAUUCGCCUUACUCCAGCAAUUUAGCGAUCACUGGGAGAACAUCGAAGCAGAUAACGCGAUGAUAAAGGGAAAAACGCUACUGGGGUUCGAACUGAAACACUCACAAAACAUAACAACACUCACCUUUGGGGGAUACUCCCACACGGAGGAAUCAUACAGAGUCAAAGUCGUGCUCCAAAGUAAGACAAACGGUAGACCGAUAAGUCUCAAACUAUGGACACGACAGUUCAUAACCACCAUUCCUUCUAAUUCAGGGUCGGAAAACGACCCAUCUAGGGAACACAACGAAAUCGACGUCCUUAUAGGAAUGGAUCACUACUGGGAUGUAGUCGAAAUCAACUCAAAUCGCCUACUUCCUUCUGGACUAGUCCAAUCAAACACCAAACUUGGUCCAGUCCUAUCAGGACCUCAAGCAUUAUUACAAUCUAAUACACUCUCUAAUACAGCGCCGGCAUCGUUACAGGCAGAACCCGAUAAUGAAACGGACAGAAUAAGUCCGUCAUCUACUGGGCCUCGAAAUGCUCGCCACCAAAAGACGACAAAGAUGCAACCGACGCCGAAAUAA